ACUACCCCUCCCUCUGUGUAAAUUCAUAGACCCGUAAAUGGUAUUUACCAGUAGCUCAGCUGUCAGCUCCUUAAUCUCUUCCCAAUCAAUUUAAAGAAAGAAAAGAUCCGCUCAGAUUUCCGCAUUCAGCCGCUUGCUGAAUCCAUCCCCACAAGCGAAAUCAGAGGAUGGGUUCAAAAGCUGUGGAAGAUUUGAUAGAGGCCUCAUCAGGAGUUCAUUAUUCGGGUUUUCAUUUGCAAGGCCCGAGUGAUACCGACAUUGAGCAACCAACAACUUCAAUGAGUGGAAAUGUUCCUAAACAACCAUUUGUCAUUGGAGUUGCUGGAGGAGCGGCAUCAGGGAAGACCACAGUUUGUGAUUUGAUCAUCGAACAGCUUCACGAUCAGCGUGUUGUACUAGUCAAUCAGGAUUCUUUCUAUCAUAAUUUAACACCUGAAGAACUUACAAAAGUUCAAGAAUACAACUUUGAUCAUCCCGAUGCUUUUGACACUGAGCAAUUGUUGUAUAUCAUGGACAAACUGAAGCAUGGAGAAGCAGUAGAUAUUCCAAAAUAUGACUUUAAGAGUUACAAAAAUGUUGCAACGAGAAGGGUAAAUCCAUCAGACGUUAUAAUACUUGAAGGCAUACUUAUUUUUCACGAUCCCCGUGUAAGAGAUCUGAUGAAUAUGAAGAUAUUUGUAGAUAUAGAUGCUGAUGUACGCCUAGCAAGGAGAAUAAAGCGUGACAAAGAUGAAAAAUGUAGGGAUAUUGCUAUGAUACUUGAUCAGUAUUCAAAGUUUGUUAAACCAGCUUUUGAUGACUUCAUUCUUCCGACAAAGAAGUAUGCUGACAUCAUCAUUCCACGCGGCGGAGACAAUCAUGUCGCCAUCGAUUUGAUUGUGCAACACAUAAGGUCAAAACUUGGCCAACAUGAUCUUUGUAAAAUAUAUUCCAACCUUUAUGUCAUUCCUUCAACAUUUCAGAUACGAGGCAUGCAUACUCUCAUCCGUGAUUCCCAAACAACAAAACAUGAUUUUGUAUUUUAUGCUGAUCGAUUGAUCCGCUUGGUAGUUGAACAUGGUCUAGGGCAUCUGCCGUUUACAGAAAAGCAGAUCAUCACACCAACUGAAUCUGUGUACACUGGUGUUGAUUUUUGUAAGAGAUUAUGUGGCGUCUCGGUGAUUCGAAGUGGUGAAAGUAUGGAGAAUGCUCUGCGGGCAUGUUGUAAAGGUAUAAAAAUCGGAAAGAUUCUAAUACACCGGGAAGGCGAUAAUGGUCAACAUCUCAUCUACGAAAAACUGCCACAUGACAUAGCCGAGAGGCAAGUCCUAUUGUUGGAUCCUAUCUUGGGAACUGGGAACUCAGCAGUUCAGGCCAUUUCUCUACUUAUAAAGAAGGGUGUACCGGAGUCUAACAUUCUAUUCCUAAAUCUCAUAUCCGCACCUCAGGGAGUUCAUGUGGUCUGCGAACGCUUCCCUAGAAUAAAGAUUGUCACGUCUGAGAUUGAAAUCGGGUUGAACGGAGAUUUUCGUGUCAUCCCUGGAAUGGGCGAGUUUGGGGACCGGUAUUUUGGCACCGAUGACGACUAAAACAGCCCGAUAAUUACUUUUCAUACCCUUGGACUGAGUUUGAGUUCAACUGCACUUAUAGCUUGAUGAUCACCAGUGUCUGAAACAUUAUUUUCCAAAGCUUUCCUUUAGAGUUGAGGUUUUUCCUUUCUCAGUUUCUGUCAUGGAAUUAUUUUUUUCAUGGGGGAUUUCUGAUUACUUACGAACACAAAUUGUUGGUAAAAAUGGCGAGUUCCAUUUUACUCCACAUGACAGGUGAAGUCAUUCUAUAGAGUUUAAAGAAAGGAAUCUGAUUUUGUUGUGUAAGAUUUGCAGGUUCCGUCGGACUUUGAGCUCAUUUUGAAUUUGAUUCUUAAAAAAAAAAGAAGAAUGUAU